GUUUUACGAAAUGAGAAAUCGUGUACCAGUGGAAAAAAGAAAAAUGAGAAAGUUGGAUUGCGCGUCAAGUCCAGUAAAAAAUCCGUUAUUAGGCAUCCGGCUGGAGUGGAGACGAAACAAAAAACAAAUUCCUUUCUCAGACUUCGCCAGCUUUAUUAUCUGCUAAAACACUGUGCGACGGACGGGAAUUCAUUUAGUGGUCGUUUAUCUAGUCGCCGUGGAAGUCAUUAUUCAACGAAGGUUACAGCUCAGGAAUUUCACCGAGAUAUCAUCCAACAACGAAAAGAAAAUGGCUAGAUUGAAAAAAUCUAAUGCUGGCGCAUGUGCAUCAAACCUUCCGAUUACAAGGUCACAAACUGUGGUGUCUAGAGCUUCGAUUGUGGGGGCUAAAGCUAAAACCCCGGCGCAAGCUCCGCCGAAAUCUUCGAGUUUUCGUGACUCUGCUGGCAAGAAACGUUACAGGCCAGGAUCGAAAGCUCUCAAAGAGAUUCGUCAUUAUCAAAGAGGGACGGGGUUAUUAAUUCCACGAUCGCCUUUUACGCGAGUCAUUAAACAGAUCAGCGAAGAAUUGACGGGGAACUCUGCGUUUCGGUUUACGAGCGAGGCGCUGGAAUGCCUGCAAGUGGCAUCCGAAGCCAUGGUGAUUCAGUUAUUCGAAGAUUCAGUGUGGACCAUGGUCAACGCCAAACGGCUGACUCUAAUGGUGCAGGACAUUCAGCUGGUCAGGCGCAUUCGCGGAAAUCUUUAAACUUAACUUCUCAACACUCAAAUUCAAUUUGAAAAUCUUUCUAAUCACCAAAUUCACCAAAUCUGUUCAAAUCACUUUGUUAAAUUAUUUUUAAAUGUUUGAAAUUUGAUCUCGAGAAAAAUACAAAAUUUGAAUUUUUUUUUUUAAA